ACAUGAUGUGAUAAAUGCAUUUGAAGGCCGUUUUAUAAAGGAGUAUUUUCUAUGAGGAACAAAUCUGCAUUCAUAUCAGCUCAUGUGUAACGUAUAUAUAUCUAAUAUGUAAAUACGUAUACAAUGGACAUUGGUAAAGAUAAGAGGAUAGAGUUGUAUCAAGUAUGUAAAUUAGAAUACUUGGAGUAAAAUAAUAUAAAUUGUAUAUUAGUUAACUACUUGUGCUAUUAGUAGAAGGUAUAAAUUGCCUACCCCAAAAGCCGUAUCUAUCUUCGAAGCAACACAAUGCAAAAAGUUUAAUGCAUAUUCAUCCUUAAAUUCCUGCACGACAUAGUAAAAGUAUUUAUAACGGAGACUACGGGCCAUGCCUGAUAACCAACCAACCAAAAUAAAUAUUAAAUGUUAUAUAAGGAAAUGCCCAUAUUUGAAAAGAUGUAUUAGCAACACGAUACUACCAGUUGCAGUACAGUUAUGGGACGUUUGCAAAUGAAAUGGGAAGUUGAGCGAUUGUAUCCAAGGCCGUACUUGAGCUUGUGAGUUCCUGAUGGGUAAAGGUACUGUUUUGCUAUUUCGUUGGGUGGUUGUCGAUGUCCAGUUGAAUGCAAUCGUCGCGACAAUUUUUUGUAUUUUGCUCUAUAAAAUUACGUAGAGAAUUAUAGAAUAAAACUGAAAACUUGGAUCAUCCAGAAUGCAAGUUUUUAUUAUACUGUCAAUAUCUCUUACUACUGCGUUUUUAUACGCAAGAACAAGAUGGAAAUCAAUGCGACUGAUUGACAGAGACUCUUUCAAAGUGAAGCUGAUCAUAAAACUUGGAAUAGCACAUUUGCUUCAUGUGACUGGUUUGUCAGAGACGUUGAGGGUGCGUGCAUUAUAUCAUUUUAGAGCAUCCAAUGGGUAUAAAACAAUAUUAAGCAACACCGGAAUGGCUGCUGUGUAUGAGGAAGCUCUGAAAUUCAAAAUUAGAGAUGACGAUGUUUUUAUUGCUACUUAUCCAAAAUCAGGUACAACAUGGAUGCAGCAACUUGUUUGGUUAAUUUGCAACAAUGCUGAUACCUACUUUGAUAAGGACAAGCCACUUACGAGUCGAAUUCCUUAUCUUGAAACAGUGGAUGUGACGGACAACGUGUCAUUGGGAAUACAAACGCUUGAAAGAUGGCAAAAGAAUAGGCAAAGGCUAAUAAAGACUCAUCUCCCUUAUGGACUCCUGCCUGAAGAUAUUCAAUCGGGUAACAAAUGCAAGAUAAUUUAUGUCGCCCGAAAUGCGAAAGACGUUUGUGUUUCUUUCUACUUCUUUCACGUCAUGAAUAUAUUACUACCGCACCCAGGCACCAAAUUUCAGACAGACAAAGAACGCAUCUAUUUUACUACGUACGAAGCUAUGAAGACGGACUUGAAAGGGGAAAUAGUUGCUGUAUCCAACUUUCUUGGAAAGAAACUAACUAAUGAACAAAUAGAUAUCAUAUUUAAUUUUUGCACAUUCGACAGUAUGAGCAAAGACAGAAGUACAAAUUACUCACAUGUUAAAAAUUUGGGGAUGGAUUUUAAAAAGUCAAAGUUCAUGAGAAAAGGCGAAGUUGGUGAUUGGAAGAACUAUUUCAAUAAAUGUAAAAGGGAUGGUUUUGAUGAAUUAUACGGUGAAAAAAUGAAAGAUAGUGGACUUGACAUUCCUUUCGAAAUAUGAUUUUUAUUUUAAAAUUGAAUUUACAUUUUUUGAAUACAUCAAUUGCCGGUGUCUUUAUCGUAGUAAAUAUUAGAUUAAACGGAUCAUUCAAAUAUUAAAACAUAGAACAAGAUUCUGUUCCAAAUUAUUUCUUUUUAUAUAUCUAUAUAUUCAAACUGAUAUUAUCUGAUAUUGUUGACAGAACGAAUCAAAGCAAGUCUUACUGGGUCUUCAUGAACGUACGUCGGUGACAAUAUAUGUCUUAAAACUCUGAUUGCUUCGCAGUGUUUGUUGUCCAAUAUCAUUUGGUGGCAACUUAUGGGCCAAGGAAGGACCUAAUGUAAAUACUGUGCAUAAUUCGUGUUCGUCGUCAACAACAAUGAUUAAACGAUUGAAUUACUUUAUGUGGAUAGGAAUACCUUUAGUGGAGUAAAUUUACAGGUUCAAAUCCCAGCUAUUCGUGAGUUCUACAAAGAAAAAAUGAAAGACAUUGGUCAUGACAUUCCAUUACUGAUUGUAAUGUGCCAAUGAAUGUGCUUUACAGCAGCGGUUCCCAAACUAUGGGUCGCGACUCACUGGUGGGUCACAAAAAGGAAUCUUAGUGGAUCGCGGAAAUAAAGCUUUGGAUUAAUUAUACUGGUUAUUUAGGAUCGGUGGCGACUCGAAUACGUAAAUCUUCCAAAAAAUAAAAAAAUUGACUUUGAAAUGCCAAUCUGU